GACGAUUCCUCUGCGCAGCCCUGCACGAGGACGCCGAAAAGAUCAGACCGCUGCUCACAGGUAGCUUUGUUUGGUGGGAGCGGCUGGUGACGCUUGAUUUGGCAAAGACCCUGGAGCUGGGCAACUCUGGGCUGAAGCGCGGCCUCUGUCGAUCGUUGGCAGAGGAUGGCACCAUGUGGAUUGUGGAAGAU